UAGGGUUUACCGGGGAUUUUUUAGGGUUAGGUCUUGUGUGUGUGAGCUCUCGGCGAUGGCGACGGAGCGCAAGCGCAAGCUGAGCCUCUUCGACGUCGUGGACGAGGGCGCUUUGCACAAGGCCAAGUCGAAUGGAGUGUCGCUGCUCAAUCCCUACACGCACCGGCCGUUUUCGCAGAGGUACCACGAUAUUCUCGACAAGAGGAAGACGCUACCGGUGUGGCAGCAGAAGCAAGAGUUUAUGGACACAAUGGCGAAGAACCAGGUGAUGAUUCUUGUGGGAGAGACCGGAAGCGGUAAAACAACACAGAUCCCCCAAUUCGUGGUGGAGGCUGGAUACACUUCCAAUCGCAAGCAAAUUGCUUGUACACAGCCUCGAAGAGUGGCCGCUAUGUCGGUUUCGCGCAGAGUUGCCGAGGAGAUGGACGUGACUGUCGGUGAAGAAGUCGGGUAUAGUAUCCGGUUUGAGGAUUGCAGCAGUGCCAAAACCAUUCUCAAGUACUUGACCGAUGGUAUGCUUCUGCGAGAGGCGAUGACGGACCCGUUGCUGGAGAGAUACAGCGUUAUCAUUCUCGACGAGGCUCACGAGAGAACUCUUGCGACGGACGUCCUGUUUGGGCUGCUGAAAGAGGUGCUGAAGAACAGGACCGACUUGAAGCUGGUGGUGAUGAGUGCUACUUUGGAGGCCGAGAAGUUCCAGGCGUAUUUCAACGGUGCUCCACUGAUGAAAGUGCCCGGACGGCUGCACCCAGUGGAGAUCUUUUACACGCAGGAGCCGGAAAGGGACUACUUAGAGGCGGCCAUCCGGACGGUCGUGCAGAUCCACACCUGCGAGCCCGCUGGUGAUAUCCUGGUGUUCCUGACGGGGGAGGAAGAGAUAGAAGAUGCGUGUAAGAAGAUUGCUCGCGACGUGCAGAACUGUGGAGAACAGGCUGGUCCCGUGAAGGUGGUACAGCUUUAUUCGUCACUCCCCCCGGCUUUGCAGCAAAAGAUCUUCGACUCCGCGCCACCCCCGGCAAGAGAAGGUGGUCCUCCAGGAAGGAAGAUCGUCGUGUCCACCAAUAUUGCCGAGACGUCGCUGACCAUCGAUGGGAUCGUGUACGUGAUCGAUCCCGGUUUCUCCAAGCAGAAGGUUUUCAAUCCCAGGAUACGGGUGGAGUCGCUUUUGGUAUCGCCCAUCUCCAGAGCUAGCGCUCACCAAAGAGCUGGUCGUGCUGGACGUACGCAACCUGGCAAGUGCUUCAGGCUCUACACCGAGAGGAGCUUCAACAACGAUCUCCAGCCACAGACAUAUCCGGAGAUCCUGAGAUCCAACCUGGCGAACGUGGUCUUGACGCUGAAGAAGCUCGGUAUCGACGACCUGGUUCACUUCGACUUCAUGGACCCUCCAGCGCCGGAGACGCUGAUGCGAGCUCUGGAGCUGCUAAACUACUUGGGCGCUCUCGACGACGAUGGGAACAUGACACACCUCGGCAAGCUGAUGAGCGAGUUCCCGCUGGAUCCACAGAUGUCGAAGAUGCUCGUGGUCAGCCCCGAGUUUAACUGCUCGAACGAGAUCCUGUCGAUCACUGCGAUGCUUUCAGUCCCGAACUGCUUUCUUCGCCCAAGAGACGCGCAGAAGUCCGCCGAUGAAGCAAAGGCGAGGUUCGCGCAUGUUGAUGGGGAUCAUCUCACUUUGCUCAACGUCUACCACGCCUACAAGCAAAACAACGAGGACAGCAACUGGUGCUAUGACAAUUUCCUCAAUGUUAGAGCGUUAAAGUCGGCAGACAACGUCCGGAACCAACUGGUUCGGAUCAUGAACCGUUACAACCUCAAGCUGUGCAGCACAGAUUUCCAAAGCCGGGACUACUACACCAACAUCCGGAAGUGUAUGCUGGCGGGCUACUUCAUGCAAGUGGCGCACCUGGAGCGCAACGGAACUUACUUGACUGUCAAGGACAACCAGACGGUGAGCUUGCAUCCCUCGUCGUGCCUGGAGCGCAAGCCGGAGUUCGUCAUCUACAACGAGUUCGUGCUCACCACAAGGAACUACAUCCGGAUCAACACCGAGGUCCGGGGUGACUGGCUGAUCGAUAUAGCACCACACUACUACGAUUUGAGUAACUUUCCACAGUGUGAGGCCAAGUCCGUGUUGAACCGGUUGUACAUGAAGCGGGAGAACGAGGCGAAACAGAAAAGGAAAUAAUUUGUCCGUGGCAUUAUUCUUUUGUGUUUUAGCUAUAAACUUAACCAAAAAGGUGGCAAAGUUAUUUGGGUGGAUCCCUUUAAAGUUA